AUGCAUUCAAGAUUCCCAGUAAAAACAGCCCAAUUUGGACAAUCAUCACAUUUUUAUACACUCCCACAGCAUCAACAGAAGCUCCUUUUCAGAUUUUUUUGCAGUGGCAAGACUCCUUCAAAUUCUUUCGACUCUGAUCCUUCUUCUUCUUCCUCGUCUUCGACGGAUGACAAGUUUGGGUUCAAGCUGGUGAGUCGGUCUCUGCGCGACACUAAACGGAAAUUCAAUGAUAUUGAUGCCAAUACGGUGCAAGAAUCAGUAAACCGAUGGCUCUCAAAGACCCAAAACUUUUUGAAUGAAGUAACUUCCCCAUUUGUUAAUACUGUUCAUGAUAGAAAGCCAAAUCUUCCAAAAGAUAGUGAAGAUAUGGAGGACAUCUUCAUCACGGAACAUACUGUUGAUAGCAAAACCCCUGGUGGAGACCUUUCUGAAGCUGCCAUUGUUUCUAUUGAGCAAUUCAGCCGGAUGAAUGGUUUGACUGGGGGCAAAAUGCAGAAGAUAUUUAGAGCGCUUGUUCCUGAAUCUAUUUAUAAUAAUCCCCGUAAUUUAGUGGAGUACUGCUUCUUCAGGUUUUUGUCAAGGAAUAAUGCUGAAGUUCAUCCUGGCCUCAAGGAACCAGCAUUUCAGAGACUUAUUUUUGUUACUAUGCUUGCCUGGGAGCAUCCCUACAGCAGCCAGAAGGAUUACCGAGCUGAAGUUUUGGGGAGAAAUACUUUCCAGAGGAGUCUAGUAGGAGAAGAGGCUUUUGUUCGAAUUGCUCCUGCAGUUUCUGGUGUGGCUGAUUGGUCAACUGCACAUAACCUUUUCAAAGCUCUUGCUGGUGAUGACUGGGGCAUUUCAUUUAGCAUAUGGUCAACAUAUAUUGACGAACUUCUCAAGGUGCAUGAAGGACGGAAAUCAUGCCAGUUUCAAGAGUUUUCCCAUCUUGCUAAGGAGAGAAUCCUCUGCCUUGGUUCUAGCAGAAAGCAGCCUGUUAUAAAAUGGGAAAACAACAUGGCAUGGCCAGGAAAACUCACUUUGACUGACAGGGCACUCUAUUUUGAGCACACAUUGUUGCCGGCAGUUGGCCUGAUGCGACAGAGAGGUGCUGUUAGGCUGGAUCUUACGGGAAAUGGUUCGAGAAUAGAGAAAACAAGGGUUGGACCUUUGGGAUCAAAUCUUUUUGAUUCUGCUUUAUCUGUUACCUCCAGUCCAGAAUCUGAAUCAUGGGUACUUGAAUUCGUUGAUUUGGGAGGUGAGAUGAGAAGGGAUGUGUGGUAUGCAUUUAUUAAUGAAAUAAUUGCUUUAUACAAAUUCAUAAGUGAAUUCGGACCCAAGGAUGGCGAUCAAUCAGUUUAUGAUGUAUAUGGUGCUCACAAGGGGAAAGAAAGGGCAGUUAUUUAUGCCAUAAAUACUAUUGCAAGACUUCAGGCUCUCCAAUUUAUGCGUAGGACCUUAGAUGAGCCUACUAAACUGGUUCAGUUUUCAUAUUUACAAAAUGCGCCAUUCGGUGAUGUUGUUCUCCAAGCUCUUGCUGUUAAUUGUUGGGGUGGACCUAUGAUUAAGAAAACAAUCAAGGGUAACGAUGAACUAGGUCAACGACUGCGGCUCACUGGCGAGGCAUAUGAAAGUAUUAAUCACGUGUUUGAUAUAGAUGGUAGUGUCUACUUGCGAAAAUGGAUGAGGUCCGCAUCAUGGACUUCUAAUGCUUCACUUGGUUUCUGGAAGAACACGUUGGUGAAACAGGGGGUCGUGCUGAGUAAAAAGCUCGUUGUUGCUGAAAUGAAUUUGGUGGAAAGAGCAGCAAUGAUAUGUAGAGAUAAAUACAGGGCAGCUGAGAAGACGCAAGCCACAAUUGAUGCUGCAAUGAUUGAAGGAAUUCCCAGUAACAUUGACCUUUUCAAGGAACUUGUGCUCCCAAUGACUAUCACCAUUAGAAAUUUUGAAAGACUAAGGCACUGGGACGAUCCCCUUGUGACAGCGUCUUUUCUCGCACUUGUAAAUACACUCAUCUUCAGGAACCUACUGUCUUAUGUGUUCCCAGUGAGCUUGAUGAUGUUGGCUGCUGGCAUGUUGUUAUUGAAGGGCCUCAAGGAGCAAGGCCGUCUUGGAAGAUUUUUUGGAAAAGUUACAAUUCGUGAUCAGCCUCCCUCAAAUACAAUUCAGAAAAUUAUUGCUGUGAAAGAAGCCAUACGUGAAAUGGAGAAAUAUAUCCAGAAUGUGAAUGUUGUACUCCUUAAGAUACGAUCUAUCGUUCUUGCGGGGCAACCUCAGAUAACAACAGAGGUUGCUUUGGUGCUACUGUUGGGUUCGACCAUUCUACUUAUUGUUCCAUUCAGAUACAUUCUAGCAUUUCUCAUUUUUGAUCUCUUCACAACGGAGCUUCAGUUUAGAAGGCAAAUGGUUUUGAAAAAAAGAAUCUCCUGCUGCAAUUCGGAAGCAGAAAAUGAAUCACACGGGGAAAUCAGAAAAAAACCCGGAGCGUUAAUUAACCUGAAUAGGAUUUUACUUCGUUGUUGUUGA